AUGCUGCUGCUGUGCUCGUCUCCUUCUCAUGUUUUUGUUUCCUCCCUGCUCGUAUCCCCAGUCUUCACUCUCCCUUCGGACCAUGCACCUCCCUGUCUGUCCAACAUGGCCUUCCCGCAUGUUCACAGAACCCGGUCCAUGGAUCUCACCAAGAAAGGCCGGCUCUCAAACCCUUGUCUCGUGCAUCGUAUUGAAUCAAGCAAGAGCGUUGCCCAGCUAAGUCUCGAGGAUAUCUUACAGGGAACCACCAAUACUGCCGUCUCGGCCCAAUCCAGAGCGAUUCUGGAGCCCAGUGUCAAACCUCGAGAUGCGAAACCGCGUCUCCUCCUGAUGGGACUUCGCCGGAGUGGCAAGUCAUCCAUCGCCAGCGUGGUCUUCCACAAAAUGCCACCCAAUGAAACUCUAUUCCUCGAAUCUACUACCCGCAUUCAAAAAGACUCCAUUCACUCCUUCAUGGAUUUUCAAGUAUGGGACUUCCCUGGGCAGCUUGAAUACCUUGAACCAUCGUUUGAUCUCGAAGACAUCUUUGGAAGCCUGGGUGCCCUAGUAUGGGUCAUCGAUGCCCAGGAUGAUUACCUGGACUCGGUAGCUCGUCUGAACCGCACAAUCUUGACCGUCCAGCAGUACUACCCCGGCAUCAACGUCGAGGUAUUCAUCCACAAGGUGGAUGGACUGUCAGAGGAGUACCGGCACGACUCAUACCAAGAUAUCGUCCAGCGCAUCACCGAUGAACUGAACGAUGCCGGAUACGAGAACGCCCCUGUACACUUCUACCUCACAUCUAUCUACGAUUACUCCGUAUUUGAAGCUUUCAGUAAAGUCAUUCAAAAACUGAUCCCCAACCUCUCGACGCUCGAGAACCUCAUCACCACUCUGGGGAACAACUGUGGUUUCGAAAAGACCUACCUGUUCGACGUUCUCAGCAAAAUCUACAUUGCUUCCGAUACACGGCCUGUCGAUAUGGCCGCCUAUGAGAUGUGCUCAGAUUACAUCGAUGUGAUUGUGGACAUCUCCGAACUGUACUCCUGGGACCACCCGCUUCGCAAGCACAAGGGAGAUCAAAUGCAGGAGGCCGAGAGUCAUGUGGUCCUGCACGACGAGACUAUGCUUCACCUCAUGGAGAUGAACAAAUAUCUCUGUCUCGUCUCGGUGAUUCGUAACCCGGAGGCCCGGGAGAAAAAGGGCCUGAUUGACAUGAACUGUCGGACAUUCCAGGAAGCAUUGAAUGAUGUGUUCUCCCGAAGCUGGGAGCGCGAGGAAGACCAUGCCGCGGAGUAA